AUGACGACCAUUGUCCUAAUUGGAGACUCUGGAGUAGGCAAAUCGAAUAUCCUUGGACAGUAUUUGCGACAUGGAUAUGUCCAGGAUUUCAACCCAACAAUCGGCGUAAAUUUCGCGGUCAAGACGGUCCAAGUUGGCUCCCAGGCAACCAAGGUGCACAUCUGGGACACAGCCGGGAGAGAACAAUACCGUAUGCCCACAAACUAUUACCAUGGCGCUGUGGGUGUGAUGCUCGUUUAUGAUAUCACAAACCAUACCUCAUACGAGAGCAUGGCCCGAUGGCUCCAUGAAAUAAGGCGUCACGCUGAUGCCGGCAUUAUCAUGACCCUCGUAGGAAACAAAAUGGAUCUGGCAAAUCGGAGAACAGUCCCUGCUGAGGUAGCUAAAUCUUUUAACGACCUAUUUUACAUCGAAACUUCGGCUUUGAAUGGGACCAAUGUUGAAAUUGCCUUCAGGUCUACCUUGGUUAAGGGUGGCUGA